GGGAGGAAGCCACGCCCCUUUCGUUCCCCGCCGCCGCCAUGGACACCAGCCGCGUGCAGCCCAUCAAGCUGGCCAGGGUGACCAAGGUACUGGGCCGGACCGGCUCGCAAGGGCAGUGCACGCAGGUGCGUGUGGAGUUCAUGGAUGACACCAGCCGCUCCAUCAUCCGCAACGUGAAGGGGCCGGUGCGGGAAGGUGAUGUCCUCACCCUGCUGGAGUCGGAGCGGGAGGCCCGGCGGCUGCGCUGAGCCGGUGAGCCCCGGGCUCGGCCUCCGCCGUCCUCCUCCGGGUGGUGGAGCCUUACGGCCGGCUGGCAUCUGCCCGGCCAGGCACGGGCUGUGGAUGGAGAGGAGCGUGGCAGUGGCCUUGCUGCAAUAAAGGGUUUUUCAGUAGUCCCUUGCCUGGGCCUUCCUCAUUGAACAUGUGAGUCUGUCACAGCCCUUAGCACCUGCCUCUUGUUAGGUUCAGCAGAGGGACAGAAGCACACCCUGCUUCUUACUGGGGCUACAUGUAAUGCCUUCAUUGAAAUAUUACUGUGUCCUUGCAUUUUUACUAACCUGUCACAACAAAAGCAACUCUGUUUUCAUUACAGCAGCUUUAAUCCUGCCCUUUUUGGUAAGCAUCUUUCUGUAUGUAACCAGUAAAGCAGCAGUGUGAAACUUAA